AGUUUCUUAGCGGGCGAGAGGGACUUGGGAGCGCCGACGCUGCUCGGACUGCAGCGCAGCCGCAGCUGGCGGUCUUCUCUGGCUCCCCUCUCGCUGCUCCGGGGCAUGCAAGGGCUGAGCUGCUGGCGGUAGAAGAAAGGACUUUUGUCGGGAGCGCAGGACAAGGGCGCGCGCACGCGACCGCUCUCGGCUGCAAGUUGGUGCCGGGCCCCCAGCGCGCGCCGGCUGCGGAGCGCGGGGCAGGGUGAGAGGCCGCAGGAGCGCGAUGGGCGCUCCCGAGAAGCUCCGCGCGCCGUCGGUGGCACUGGGACUGCUGCUGGGUGCGGUGCUGGGACGCCUGGGCCCGGCCGAGGGCAGCGGUCGCGGCAGCCCGGGAGCACUGGGGCAGUCUUCCGAGGUCGCCGCCGAGCGCCUGUGUCCCGCUCCUUGCCGGUGCCUCGGGGACCUCUUGGACUGCAGCCGCCAGCGGCUGGCGCGCCUGCCCGAGUCUCUCCCGCCCUGGAUCGCUCGCCUGGACUUCAGUCACAACAGAUUGUCUUUCAUCAAGGCAAAUUCCAUGAGCCACCUUCAAAACCUUCGAGAAGUGAAACUGAACAACAAUGAAUUGGAGACCAUUCCGAAUCUAGGACCAGUCUCAGCCAAUAUUACACUUCUGUCCUUAGCUGGAAACAGAAUUGUUGAAAUAUUACCUGAACAUCUGAAACAAUUUCAAUCCCUUGAAACUUUGGACCUGAGCAACAAUAAUAUUUCAGAGCUUAAAACUCCCCUUCCAUCCCUACUACUCAAAUAUCUGUAUCUCAGUAGCAACCGAGUCACUUCAAUGGAACCUGGGUAUUUUGACAGUCUGGCCAACACACUUCUGGUGUUGAAGCUGAACAGGAACCGACUCUCAGCUAUCCCGCCCAAGAUGUUUAAACUGCCCCAGCUACAACACCUUGAACUGAACCGGAACAAGAUUAAAAACGUAGAUGGGCUCACAUUCCAAGGACUUGGUGCUCUAAAGUCUCUGAAAAUGCAAAGAAAUGGAGUAACAAAACUUAUGGAUGGAGCUUUUUGGGGGCUGAGCAACAUGGAAAUCUUGCAGCUGGACCAUAACAACCUAACAGAGAUCACCAAAGGCUGGCUUUACGGCUUGCUGAUGCUGCAGGAACUUCAUCUCCGCCAAAAUGCCAUCAGCAGGAUCAGCCCCGAUGCCUGGGAGUUCUGCCAGAAACUCAGCGAGCUGGACCUAACUUUCAAUCACUUAUCGAGGUUGGAUGAUUCAAGCUUCCUGGGCUUAAGCUUACUAAAUACACUGCACAUUGGGAAUAACAAAGUCAGCUAUAUUGCUGAUUGUGCCUUCCGGGGGCUUUCCAGUCUAAAGACUUUGGAUCUGAAGAACAAUGAAAUUUCCUGGACUAUUGAAGAUAUGAACGGUGCUUUCUCUGGGCUUGACAAACUGAGGCGGCUAAUACUCCAGGGAAACCGGAUUCGAUCUAUUACCAAAAAAGCCUUUACUGGUUUGGACGCAUUAGAACAUCUAGAUCUGAGUGACAACGCAAUCAUGUCAUUACAAGGCAAUGCAUUUUCACAAAUGAAGAAACUUCAGCAAUUGCAUUUAAAUACAUCAAGCCUUUUGUGCGAUUGCCAACUAAAAUGGCUCCCACAGUGGGUGGCGGAAAACAACUUUCAGAGCUUUGUAAAUGCCAGUUGCGCCCAUCCUCAGCUGCUAAAAGGAAGAAGUAUUUUUGCUGUUAGCCCAGAUGGCUUUGUGUGCGAUGACUUUCCUAAACCCCAGAUCACUGUUCAGCCAGAAACACAGUCGGCAAUAAAAGGUUCCAAUUUGAGUUUUGUCUGCUCGGCCGCCAGCAGCAGUGAUUCCCCAAUGACAUUUGCUUGGAAAAAAGACAAUGAACUACUACAUGAUGCGGAAAUGGAAAACUAUGCACACCUGCGGGCCCAAGGUGGCGAGGUGAUGGAGUACACCACCAUCCUCCGGCUCCGCAACGUGGAGUUUACCAGUGAAGGGAAGUACCAGUGCGUCAUCUCCAAUCACUUCGGUUCAUCCUACUCGGUCAAAGCCAAGCUUACAGUCAACAUGCUUCCUUCCUUCACCAAGACCCCCAUGGACCUCACCAUCCGCGCCGGGGCCAUGGCACGCUUGGAGUGCGCUGCCCUGGGACAUCCAGCCCCACAGAUAGCCUGGCAAAAGGAUGGGGGCACAGACUUCCCCGCCGCGAGAGAGAGACGCAUGCAUGUUAUGCCCGAGGAUGAUGUGUUCUUUAUUGUGGAUGUGAAGAUAGAGGACAUCGGGGUUUAUAGCUGCACAGCUCAGAACAGUGCAGGAAGCAUUUCUGCAAACGCAACUCUGACUGUCCUAGAAACACCAUCAUUUUUGCGGCCCUUGUUGGACCGAACCGUCACCAAGGGAGAAACUGCCGUCCUGCAGUGCAUAGCUGGAGGCAGCCCUCCUCCCAGACUGAACUGGACUAAGGAUGACAGCCCCUUGGUGGUCACCGAAAGGCACUUUUUUGCAGCAGGCAAUCAGCUGCUGAUCAUCGUGGACUCUGAUGUCAGUGAUGCUGGGAAAUACACGUGUGAGAUGUCUAACACCCUUGGCACUGAGAGAGGCAACGUGCGCCUCAGCGUGAUCCCCACUCCCACCUGUGACUCCCCUCAGAUGACCGCCUCGUCAUUAGAUGAUGAUGGAUGGGCCACCGUGGGUGUCGUGAUCAUAGCGGUGGUUUGCUGUGUGGUGGGCACGUCGCUCGUGUGGGUGGUCAUCAUAUACCACACAAGGCGGAGGAAUGAAGAUUGCAGCAUUACCAACACAGAUGAGACCAACUUGCCGGCAGAUAUCCCCAGUUACUUGUCAUCUCAGGGAACCUUAGCCGACAGACAGGAUGGGUACAUCUCCUCAGAAAGUGGAAGCCACCACCAGUUCGUCACGUCUUCAGGAGGCGGGUUUUUCUUACCACAACACGACAGCAAUGUGACGUGCCAUAUUGACAAUAGUAGUGAAGCCGACGUGGAAGUCGCCGUGGAUCCAUUCCUUUGUCCCUUUUUGGGCUCCUCAGGCCCUGUGUAUUUGAAGGGGAAUGUGUACGGCUCAGAUCCAUUUGAAGCCUAUCAUACAGGUUGUGGCCCUGACCUGAGAACAGCCUUAAUAGACCACUGCGAGCCCAGUUACAUAAAGAAAAAGGAGUGCUACCCGUGUCCUUACCCUUCAGAAGAAUCCUGUGAACAGAGUGUCAGUGACAUAGGAUGGCCUUCCCAUGUGAGGAAGUUAAUCAGCUCUCCUUACUCUCAAAAUGAAGGACCUGGAAUGAAAAGUUUGUGUCUAAACAAGUCCUCUUUGGAUUUUAGUCCAAGUCCAGAGCCAGCAUCCGUUACUUCAAGUAAUUCUUUCAUGGGAACAUUUGGAAAGCCUCUGAAGAGAGCUCAUCUGGAUGCCUUUUCAAGCUUUGGACAGCCAGUGGGUUGUCAGCCAAGAGCCUUUCCCUUGAAAGCUCGUUCUUCUCCAGACUUGGACUCUGAGUCAGAGGAAUAUGGGAAAGAAAGGACAGAUUUUCAGCAAGAAAAUCACACGUAUACCUAUAAACAGACCUUAGAAAACCAUAGGACUCCACAUUUUCAGUCUUAUGACUUGGACACAUAGACUGAAUGGGAGCAAAGAAGAGCUCAAACAUACUACCUCAAGUGGACUUUUAUUUAAAAGAAUCCUAUGUUUUUUUAAUGGAGUUAUGAAUUUUAAAAGGAUAAAAUGUCUUAUUUAUACAGAUGGACCAAAAUUACAAAAUGUUAUAAAAAUUUUAUACUGGGAGUAACUUUCAUAUAAGAAUACCUUUUUAAACUAUUUUAACUUUGUUUUAUGCAAAAAAAAAAUCAUAUGUAAAUUAAUGGUAUGAAUCCAUGACUAUUUUAUGUAUUUUUAUAAUGCCAGAUUCCUUUUUAUUGAAAACGAGUACUAAAGCAUUUUAAAUAGUACCUGUCUUGUACCCUUUUUAAAUAGAGUUCACUUAAUUUUAUUUUGCACACUGCAUUUAAUAAAAUGUGUCAUUUUGAUCCCAAGCCCCAUCUAUACAAUUACGGUUUUUAUUGUUUUCAACACAUUUUCGGCUUAAUAAUUUCAUAUUAUCAUGUCUCAAGUUGAUGGAAUUAUACUCAGCACAUUAAAAUAUGAGCCGAAUAAAUGACCAUUCUGCCUAUCACGCAAAGUUGGGGUAAUACAGAUUCAAAUCAGAUUAGUGUAUGUGAAAACACGUUAUAAAUGAAAAAGAGCUGCGAAGACUUGAGGUACGUUAAUUUAUCCCUAACUUUACAAAUAAAAAAAGAUUUGUUGAUAUAGUCUGGUGUAAUGCAAUACAGCCACCAUGGCUUAAAUCACUGUUCAAGCCAUGUUUCUUUAAUUAUAAUAAUGCCUUAUGUGGUCUAAUGCCUUGUGCUUUUCCAAAUAGUUUCACAUUCACCAUCCCUUUAAUUACAACAAGAGCAUGGUUUAUUGCACAUUUCUAUAGUUAAAAUGGCUAUGACGAAGGUGGAUUUUCAUCUACUGUUCCCCAUGAUAAUGGGAUGUUGAUGGAACUGUUGGCUAUUACUGAUUUUCUGCUGGAUGAGCAGUUCUAAUAGAAAAGGCACUUUUAAACUAUUCUGCAACAUUCUUUAACAAUUAAAUUAUUUUUCUAAUUUGGUCAUCCUGCUCUACUUGUUAAAAACUAAGUAUCAAAUCUAUUACUUAAACUAUUUAAAGUAUUUGUUUUAAACAGUAUUUAGAUAAAAAUGGCAUUACAUGACUGGCAUAUAUACAUGCACAAAGUGAAUGUAGUCAUUUUUAAAAUUAAGUGACGUUGUUUCAAGUAAUUGACAUAAACUUAAGUUUGAUAAUUCAAAUGAUUUUUUUAAAGCAAAUUCUUGUCUACAUCUGGUUUAAAGACAAAUCCAUUUGCCCAAGAGAAAAGAAUACAUGUGGGAAGAGUUAACAUAGCACAUUAAGCUUUAAAAUCUUACCUUAAGAAGGUGUGAAUUUAUGUCAUUGUCAGUUCUUUGAGUUAAAGUGAAAGCAGAUAUUAGAAAAGCAGGUUCCUCUCAGGGGAGGUGGUGAUGUUUUUCUGCUUUGUGAGUGUACAGCUUUGUUGUUUGUGAGCCAGAAACCUGGACCCCAGAUUGCAGUUAAGAUUUUCCUUCUUUCAUUUGGACACCAGAGUCCAGGAAGUUGAUCCUUCCCUGGACCACCGCUGACUAAGUGCAGAGAAGUGAUUUUGUAUGCUUUGACUUUAUCAUCUUGCCAGAUUCUCAAAAGCUUAUUGUUAAUUUGUCUUCAUUAUUGCCAGAUGUGAUGCAAGCAUUGAUAGGAUUCUAUUCAAUGUUUAUGAACCCCUUUUAAAGGAUUUCAUUUUUCCGGACUUAGCCACAAGGGUUUAAAUCAUUAACACUUGAGAUUCAAAAAUUAGAUUAACUUUACAUCAAUACCAUUUUUCCCUUUCACUGUGUGUGCUAAAACCUAUGGAUAACAUGUAUUUUAUGUUAUGUGUUUAUAUAAACACAUAACAUAUGUUUAUGUUAUAUAUUUUUAUGUUACAGGAGGAGCUCAGUUUUUCAUGGAUAUAUAAUAUUGAGAUUCCAUAUUAAAAUGCAUCUACUAGGUAUUAAAGUGUCCUAAAAUAAUACAGACUUCAGAAAAGAGGAGAUAAAUAUCAAAUCAUUCGGCUUAUUUAUGAGAAGAGAUGCCUAAAAUUUCAGUUUAAUCUUUCUAUGCCUUUUGAUAGAGACUAAUUCAUGUACAACAUUUCCUUAAAUAGAUAUUCACCCAA